AUGCCUUCAUCAAAGGGAACCCCGACUGACCCCGAACUUCGUGAGAAAAUCAAGGAGGAAGUCAAGGCCGAAGAGAAAGGCGGCGGCGCUGGCAGCUGGUCGGCAUGGAAGGCCGGCGAACUUGCACGACGAUAUGAAGCGCAAGGUGGAGACUACGAGGACAACGGCGAGAACAAGAACAAAGCUCAGAAGGGCGAGCCGGAGAAGAAGGAAAAGUGA